UAUCUCCUCCCAAACUCGAAAACCCAUCCCAGGAAAGCAAGAAGUUCGUCGUGGAGGAAGAGGGAGAGCUUGUUGUUUUCUGAUUAAACCCUAACUUUAACAUUCACUAACCAGAUUCUCCUCAGCAACACUCUAGCUAAUUCAAAUCAUGCGUACACUAGCAGUUUUUCAGUCUCCCAACUUUACAUCGUGUUCAUCGUCUUCUUCUUCAAUUCCUCAGCUAUCUGUUUCUCCAGUUUCUUUCCUCCAUAUAAAUCAUCCAAAUAAAACCCUAAUUCUAAAUAAGAAAACCCAUUUCGAAACCCAGAGCACAGCUUAUCUUUCCUCUCACCAUUCCAGGUUGUUAGUACCACGUUCACAGAAACAACCAGAAAAUAAUUUAAGUGAAGAAUCCGAUGAAAUGUUUGAUGAUUUGUUUGAUAAGUAUGGGAAGGUGGUGUAUAGUAGCGGUGAUCAAAAGCCUCCGACGGAUGAAGCUGAUGAUGAUGCUGAAUGUCUCGCAUUUGCUAUUGCUAUGGCUAAGGAAGCAAGUGAGGUGAAGGCUGCAGAUAUCCGACUUCUCUUUGUGAAGCCUUUGGUGUACUGGACUCGGUUUUUCAUUAUCGUUACAGCUUUUUCACGUCCUCAGAUUUAUGCUAUUGCCUCAAGAAUAAAAGAUCUAGCUGAGGAGCAAUACAACAAAGUUCCAACUGGAGACUUUAAACCCAACUCGUGGACCUUGUUAGACUUUGGUGAUGUUGUUAUCCACAUUAUGCUCCCUCCGCAACGAGAAUACUACAACUUGGAAGAUUUUUAUGCCAAUGCAACAUCUAUUGAACUUCCGUUUGAAACCCAAUCUUCACCUCGCAAUUGAAGAGCAUCGUGAGGCAAUAAACCACAUUGAAUGGAUUCAAAUGGCCUCGGUUUACUGCUGCGGGAAUUGUUGGCGCCUUUUCCUCUUGCCUUUCCGUCAAUGUUCAACCGAAUGUACCUAAACCGUCACUAUGGUGCAAAUGAGCUGUUAUGUGCUGAAAGUUAUAUGGUGCAGUCCACUUUGCAACCGAUUUUGAUCUUCAGUGUACUGUUGUGUGUACCUGUAAGCUUAGGGUGUAAUGUCACUGUAAAUGUACAUUUAUGCACUCUUAAUUCAAUGUAGCCUCACAAACUUCUUAUGUUU